UGUCACUGUUCUGACUGUAAUCUGUGGUUUUGUUCUCUUUUUUUGAUCAAGUAUUUGACGCGCUGGGGGGGGGGGGCAGAAUGGAGGCCUCCUUUUUAACAGACGGCGACUACAAUCAGACCUACGUGGAUGAGCAUCUUUUCUUCGAGGGCAAGAUGGACGGCUUUGGCAUCGCCAUGGCUGUAUUCUACUUGGCGGUUUGCAUCCUGGGCCUCGCUGGGAACUCCCUCGUCAUCAUUGCCAUUCUGAAGUUGGACAAAAUGUCGUCUUCCACGACGGUGUACAUUUUCAACCUGGCGCUGGCCGACGGGCUCUUCAUGGUCGGUCUUCCCUUCAUCGCGAGCCAGAACUUCCAGAACUGUUGGAUGUUUGGAGACGCGGCGUGCAAACUGGUCAUGGUGCUGGACGGCAUCAACCAGUUCACCAGCGUCUUCUGUCUGACGGCGAUGAGCCUCGACCGCUACAUGGCUCUGGCCGACCCGCUGCGGUUCGCCCGCUGGAGAACGCCGUGCAGUGCCAAGAUCGUCUCGGCUUUCAUGUGGCUGUUCUCGCUGCUCACCAUCCUCCCGAUGGCGCUCCACUUCUCGGCCGACGGAGGCCUGUGCAUGCCAUACCUUGUCUCCGAGGCCUGGUGGCUCGGCGUUUUGUCGUACACCUUCGUCUUGGGGUUCGCUCUGCCGUUCACGGUCAUGACGGCGUCCUACGCGGCUCUGCUGCUCACCCUGAGGUCCCAGCGGCUCCGGGCCACGACGCCGCCCAACCACGAGAGCCAACGGCUGGAGCGGCAGGUCACCAACAUGGUGGUGGCGGUGGUGGUGGUGUUUGGGAUGUGCUGGCUGCCAUUUUACACAUUUAACUUCUACUCUCUGUUUCAAACCGGCCUGGUCCUGAGCUUCACCAGAGCUUUCGAUUUCGUGGUGCUGCUGUCGUACUCUUGGAGCUGCGCCAACCCCAUCCUCUACGCCUGCCUCUCCGACACCUUCAGGAGGCACUUCCGCACACUCUUCUGCCCCACCGCCAAGUCACCUCCCAGCAUGCACUGCAACACUGAACGGUAUGACUUAAGUGACACAUGUGUGCGAGAUGUGACCAUUCUGGCAUAGAGACACUGCAUAAAAAAACCUGACUCUUUAUUUUCCUCAAUUGCCUGUCACAAUGCACCACAUGAUACUUGUCAACUUCUCGCCACUUAUUUACUCAUUUGAUGGUUUGUAGAUAUGUGAUACAUUCUGAUUUCGUUUUUCUUUUUAUCUUCUCCACUUAAACUUGGAAUGGAUUGAAGUAGGAUUGGACAUCGAGAACCGAUUCCUACUUGGAAUUGUUUCAAAAAUUACGAUUCCAGUAGAUUAAUUU